AUGACUUCUCCAAAGGUCCUCCACUUUCCCGACAGGCCCCAGUUCUCGGCCUUCAUGAAACCAUGUCGUGUGGAGGGCGAGGCUCACAAAUUGGAAGUCUACGGUGACAUUCCAGACGAUAUCGAUGGUACACUCUUUUGGGUGAUGCUUGACCCGCAGAUGCCACCUUUUAUUGAAGACGAUCCGAUGGCGACGUACGCCUUGCCAAAUCCCACAGCUAACUAUGGGCUAAGCAAAUAUCGAAAUAAAUACACCGAUGCCGUCCGAUUCAACAUCCGCAGUACGGCCAACGCAAACGUGAUAUACUUUAAUGGCCAACUGCUUGCUUUGAAAGAGGACUCCCCUCCAUAUGCCAUGGAUCCGGUUACCUUGGAGACGAAAGGAUUGUACGACUUUGAAGGCCAACUCCCAAGCUUGACAUUUACGGCACACCCCAAAAUUGACCCUGACACUGGUGAGAUGAUCUGCUUCGGCUACGAGGCCAAAGGCGAUGGUACGCCGGAUAUCUGCUACUACCAGGUCGGUCCAGAUGGGGGUUUCUCAGAUAUUUGCUGGCUUGUGGCGCCAGUUUGUGCCAUGAUACAUGACUUUGCAGUGACAGAGAACUGGUGGCUCCGAUGGAACAACUCCUUCCCCGGCCACACACUGAAUGCGUACGAGAACGAAAAAGGAAACAUCAUAGUCGAUCUAGGCAUCAGUCAACAGAACGUAUUUUUCUGGUGGCCAGAUAGCAAAGGUUCCGCCCCCGAGCCCAGCACAAUUACCUCCCAAUUGAUGAGGUUCACGAUCAACCCAAACACAACUACCGAGACAUUGUCAGACCCGGAGGUUUUACAUACCGGCAACAGCAAAUUCUACAGAAUAGAUGAUCGCUUUGCCACGAGAAAACAUAACCACUGCUUCUUCGAUCUCAUGGACCCUUCAUUAGGGACUGACUUUGAGAGCAUAGCGCCUCGUCUCGGGGGCGGUUAUCCUCUAUACAACGCUCUAGCACAUCUAGAUCUUCUGACCAGAGAAACAAAGGUCUACUUCCCUGGAAAGACGCAUCUAGUCCAGGAACCGGUUUUUAUUCCCAAAGCUGGAUCGCCCGUUGAAGGGGACGGAUAUCUUCUGGCCCUGGUGAACAACUAUAAUACUAUGGCAAGCGAAUUGCAUCUUCUUGAUUUGAAGGACCCCACUACAGCGAGGGCGGUUAUCAAGCUCCCUGUUCGGCUACGGCCGGGGUUGCAUGGGAAUUGGGUGGAUAGUGGGGAUAUGUCUUCAAAGAUUGGUGUAUCCACGAUCUAG